AUGACUGACGAGCAAAAGAAAACAUUCGUCAAAUUGAAUGAAAAAACGACCCAGCCGCUUUACAAUUCGCCGGAGAAGAGCAGUAAAUCUGGGGGGCGCGUAGGCAACAGCGCCAGGGCGAAGGAGAAGAAUGAGAGGAAGGAACGCGUAGACGAGGCCACUCAUACCGAAGGACGCAUCAACGUGGGCGCGACGGUGUACACCCGGUUUAUGCAGCAUGAUAAGUCAGGGGUCUUCGGCGGCGGUCAGGUCGCAGUGUGGGUGCAAGAGGGGAAAGCAGUGGAGCAAGGGUGGGGGGAGAUGCUUCUGGAGAGCGGCGACGUGGUGUAUGCCAAAUUGGAUGACCCAGCAGUUACACGGUGGGAGCUACCUGACGCCACAUCGUUGCAGAGCGACGCAACAGCGGUAAUGAAGACAUUUACUCCCAGGAAGGAAUGGCCAGAGCCACUGCAGGCAGUUGUAUGGGUGGAGGCAGCAAAGGCGUUGGAUGAGUGUUUCAUGUCCUCCGGUGACGUGGACAACGCCACUGAGGUGGAGCGGUCGAAUAUGGUACAUAGCAUUGCCAAUACGUAUAUGGCAACCUGCGGCGUAGAAGGUCAUGAUCAAAACUUACAAAAGUGGUUACAUCAUGCCGCUCUGGCGGAGUUUGAGUCCUUUCUAAAGAGAAGGCACGCGACAGCGGCUGCGAACCAAACAGUGAAUCGGCGGGCGGCGACACUGCUGCUGCAGGGAACGCUUGGCCCAGUGGAGCGCGUAGUGAGAGAGGUGGGCAACAAAUCCGCUGCCACCACCACUGUCACUGCCGUUGACUCGACCCAAGACGGGAAUAACAACGAGAUGAGAACGGAGGCGUUACUUCCGUCACCAUCGUCGCCUUUUCUCCCGCAGGCAAAAUUUUUGCUGAACCCAUAUUAUGCCAAUCUUUUGCGUCAUCCAUCUGCGCGCCGUAGUUGUAUCGAAUCUCGGCUUGAGGCGACUACUUUUGCAGCCGUUGGUUCAGGUGAGGUCCGUGUUCUCUGCGCUGUUGCCGCUUACGAGGGACACAAAGGUCCCAAAAAGCGUCUGUUUGCGGUAGCGCGUGACUGGACGGGCGCAUUUGCUUUUUUCGUUUUGGAGCCUUUUAAUGAUACAACAGAGGCCGUUGUUCUUGACUCCUACCCACUGCUGGGCUCAGUGGACAUGAACCCAGAGUCGCACCAGAGAAUGGCGUUCCAUGUGGAUGGGGUGAAAUUUGUGGCCUCCUUUAAAGACAAUGAAACCGCCAGGUGGCUCCAUGACGCCCUAAAAGCAUCAAUGGCGUUCAUGUACGGCGAGGGAAGUGAUAGUGAACGAAUUGUGAAGAUGCGAGCCUACAGCGUGGAAUUUGCCGCCCAGUACGCUUGCGAAGAUUCCACGGCACUUGAGUUGAUGACUGCCAUUCUCUCUGUAAGUGAUGACUGUGAUGGAACUUUGAUGGAGAGAAGGUUUGCGCAGUUGCGUCGUUGUCUGCGCACGGCGGAGGGAAGAGACACAGUGGCACUGCAGUGGCUCAGUUCCGUGAAAAAGUUGACCAGCAAAAAUAGUGUUUCCACUACCACAAUGUCCACGGCGAAUCACUUGCAUGUUGUGGAGGUGUUUAUUCAAUGUCCCACCAGACACACUGAUGCGAGGCUCUCUCAACGCAUGUAUGAAGGUAUAGAGGAUAUGGGGAGGCACACUCCGGAGAUAAUGGCAACGUGCUCACGUCUUGCUGUUCUUCUUGAUUACACGGAUCGCGUUAUGCAGACAUGGAGCUCAAGACACGUGGUUCCGGACGUUCCGUUUGAGCCGUGUUUUAAGCCUGAGAGUCAUUCGCCGGCUGCUUUUUACGAGGCUGCAAUGCUGAACGAGAGGCGAACGCGGGGUGAAGCAUACCGUCUUUCAUCAGGCAUAUACUUGGUGGUGAUCUGCUUUUGUGGUGAGAAGGUUUUUACGGACACGUCUGGGAAUUGGGUUGCAGAAGCCGUUCAACAUGGGCCCACGCUUGAGGAACUUCAACAGAUUGCAGCAGAUUCUGAGAGUUAUCGUUGGAUGCUUCGCCUCGGUGGGACCGAUGCGAAUUGGGCCAAUAAAGAGAACCUUGAAACAUGGGAAGCGCUAUACAAGGAACGUGGUGGAGAUUCAUUUAAGGCUCGUUUUAUACGAGCUGCCAGCCGCCUACGCGACCGAGGCGUGUUUCCCAGACUGGGAUGCCUCUUUGAUACCCCAAUUUUUCAGGAGGAGGUUGGUACCGCUCUUAUCCUCACUCUAUGCGAGGUGGAUGCUGAGACAGAGGUUUCACCUGCUGCGGGGGUGUGGCGCAAUCUCUGUGACGUGGAGGCCUCCAUCUACACGCAGUCCCUGAUGUGCUCCGAGAAUGCACGUGUGAGGUUUUUACCUACUGGCUAUCGCCGUUGUGUCCGCUACUUGAGCGCCGCAGUGGAGUAUCAGAUGAGCCUCGCACGACGCUUGUCACCAGGGUUUUACGUAGGUUUUUUUCUCACCACGGUGAGCACAGAGGGAAUGCUGAUGCUUGUUCCUGAGUGCAAUCGAAAUCUACCGCCGCUGGUGAAGGUGAGUGACGAGCCGCCGUCGUUGCCGCAAUGGCGGUGGCUGCAGAGUCUAAACUACCGAAGACAAACAGCGCAGAACUUUGGGCUACCCACAUUGAGGGAUCUUUUCACCCCGUUAAAUGCGGAUGCGCCAUUUGAAAGCAAAGUAGCUUACGCCGUAGCGGCUUUGGAGGCGGCGGUGGGACUCAAGAUAGAACAGUUUUAUGACCUGGAUCUCUUUGCGCUGAAUGAGGAGCAAACCAUCUACACCUUCUUUGCUGUGGCGUACUAUCCACCACCACUGCAAGGUGUCGAGAGGGUUCCUGCGGCACCCAAAGGUCUUGUGCCCAUGACGUUUAAACUUGUACGUUUGGUGGAUGACCAUCAUCAGCGGCGUUACUGGAGCGCCGUGUACGGUUCCCUUGCGGAUGAAGGAGAUCGUGCGUACCGGAUGCUAUGUUCCACGACGCAGCCUUUUACCUCGGACGAGGCGAUCCGCCUGAAAACUGCAAACGAAGCAAUGCUCUAUGCGAUGGAGUUAGACAGAUAUGCACUCUUAUUCAGCUGGGCAAGGGAACUUGCCAUCUGGCUUGAGACAGACGCCCAGACGCUGGUGCAACGAUACACAGGAUGGCCUGUGAAAACUUCAGCAGCAAAUACAGUGAAUGAGGAAAAAGCAAGGGAGUCCGCAUCUUCUGGUACCUCACAUUCAGUGGAGGAGGUGGUGGAUAUUGCCGUAUCUAACCAGACGUCUUCAACAGAUCCGAGGUUGCCUGCGAUGAAAUCCUUGUUGCUGCAGCUAAGAUCCACAGGUGAAAAGGGCUGGGGGAAUGUCCUGCAGCGUUUGCAGGAGAUGGACUCUGCUGUGACAGAGCGCUACGCAGGCGAGGAAGCCUCGGCAGCGGAGGCGAAUAAACUGUCACUGACAUUGCGCGGUUUUGAUGACGUACCACUGGACGAUGGGUUCUUUGCUGCGCGCCCCGCCACUGUGUAUGAGCUUCCCUGCACAUUGAUGGAGUUUGUUUUGAAUGAGGGCAACAUUGACGACUCGUACCUUUUUGUCCGUGAGAUCGUUGACGAUGUGAUUGAACUGGCUGCAGCAGGUAUUGCUGUUGCCGCACUCGGCCGCAUUACAGAAACAAUGGUGUCAUGUGUUGAGGUCGCGGAGGACAUGCUGGAUGGGGCCGCGCUGGAAGCUUUGCGUCUGGAGGCGGAGGAGAAGGCGUGGACUGAGCGACAGGCGUUUCUAAAGAGAUGGAGUGGGAUGCUUAAUGCAAGACUUGCUCCAUCUAUGUUGGACGAGUUGGAGGCGCCGGUGGAGGAUUUGGAGCCAAUCUUUUACGCAGGAUCCUCGCAAUACAUCCGAAGUGGCAACGACGGACUUCGUGUAUGCCUUGCACGUGCUGCAAGUGACGCAAACCAGUUGCAGGAGCUCUUGCGUGUUGCUAACUCUGCUCUGCAUGGUCUGGAGUUGAAUCAGUGCAUCCACGCCUACAAUAACGCCUUUCAAGAAAAUGGGCAGACCCUCUUCAACGACAGACCUGGGAAAAAGGAGCAGAGGGUGCAUCGAGGAGAGGCUGCCACUGCCCCUAUUCCUACUCCAGCACCGCAACUCGUGACGCUUGUUUCUCGCGAGCAUCGUGAAAUUCAUUUAUAUUCACUUGAUCCCUUGCGAUGUUUCCUGUUGCAGGGUGACCAGACACGUGUAGCAUUUCCGGAGCUUGGAUAUGCCGAGUUGAAGGUGCUUGGAGAUCAUAUGAAUGCGCCGCCGCUGGAACUUGCCUCACAGCUCCGCGACCUGCGUCCUACAGACGAGCAACAGAGGCAGAAGUUAUUGAGCAUGUCACUUGAACUGCAAGUGCCGCUUCUUGCCAUUCGGCUUUUGCCGUUGGUGUACUGUCCCGAAACUGGUAAUUUUGGUGAAAAAGAAGCGAACGCAGCGCGGAAAGCAUUAACCGGAAGAGACUUUUUCUUUUUAUACAGCGUCCAAGAUUGGUUUCGGAUGGAAUUGCUUGGUGGACCUGCGACCCUUAGCGGCUUCGAUGUUCUAUGGUGGUUGCGUUACCUGCAGGAGAUGGGGGAGGAAGAGGAGGCCUACAAUACAUACAGCGGCGCCUGGAAGCAGGUGUACGCAGAGGCGCGCGUCUGUGUGCAGCUUUCCCGCGGCGUGGACUGUGUCGCGGAGGAGGAGGUGCUGCUUUGGCGUGAGGAGCUUGGCUACCUUGUGGCGUACAUGAGCUUCAGGGGAAAGGCGAAUAUCACAGACGCGGAGGUGACGGUUUUGGUAGAGACGUGCCCGCAGCUGCAGUCACUGGAUCUCUCCGGAACGGCCGUGACCGACGAGUCGGUGCACCUCCUGUGCACACGAUGCAAACGAUUGGUGGAAUGCAACGUUAUGGGGUGUCGCGUUUCAUGUGAUGCUGCGAUACAUCUAACUGAUUUCUGCAGAAGAAAUGUACAGAGUGUGUAG